UGGUAGUGGGCUCCAGCCGCUGUGGGUCGGGUUCGCGUUGCUUGGGAGGGCGGAAGUGCGCGCAGGGCUGGGCUCUGACCCCGGUGGCGUCGCUCUGCGGCUGCGCGGGCCCUGGUACUUCUGCUCCUGCGCCUCUGCAGAGCGCCGUGAGUCAGGCAGGCGGAGCGCGGCGACCCAGCGUCUUCCCCCUGUGAAGCUGGAGCAGAGCGGGCACUUCAGUUUGGCUUUGGUUGAAGACAGAACUUAGCAUAUAUGUACUGCUUUACCCACUGGAAGAAUGACAGAUGACAAAGAUGUGCUUCGAGAUGUAUGGUUUGGACGAAUUCCAACUUGCUUUACACUGUAUCAGGAUGAGAUAACUGAAAGGGAAGCAGAGCCAUACUAUUUGCUUUUACCAAGAGUCAGUUAUCUGACGUUGGUAACUGAUAAAGUGAAAAAGCACUUUCAGAAGGCUAUGAGACAGGAGGACGUCAGUGAGAUAUGGUUUGAGUACGAAGGCACACCCCUGAAAUGGCAUUAUCCAAUUGGUUUACUAUUUGAUCUUCUUGCAUCAAGUUCAGCUCUUCCUUGGAACAUCACAGUACAUUUCAAGAGUUUUCCAGAAAAGGACCUUCUACACUGUCCAUCCAAGGAUGCAGUCGAAGCUCAUUUUAUGUCAUGUAUGAAAGAAGCUGAUGCUCUAAAGCACAAAAGUCAGGUCAUCAAUGAGAUGCAGAAAAAAGACCACAAGCAACUCUGGAUGGGACUGCAGAAUGACAGAUUUGACCAGUUUUGGGCCAUCAACCGGAAACUCAUGGAAUAUCCACCCGAAGAAAAUGGAUUUCGUUAUAUCCCUUUUAGAAUAUAUCAGACUACAACUGAACGACCUUUCAUUCAGAAGCUCUUCCGUCCUGUGGCUGCAGAUGGACAGCUGCAUACACUUGGAGAUCUUCUCAAAGAAGUCUGUCCUUCCGCAGUCACCGCUGAAGACAGGGUUUCGCUUUGUAACAGCCUUCAAGUCCUGGAACUGUCUCCCUGUAGACCAAGCUGGCCUCAGAGUACUCACAGAGAUCUUCCUGCCUCUGCCUCCCAAGUGAUGGGAUUAAAGGUAUGUGCCACCAAUGCCCAGCUGGGCUCUCUUCUUAAAUAUUUCAUUCAAUUCUCCAAGGAGUACUAGAGAUGAGUCUUUAUUCCCUCUGUAAGAUGAAGAACUGGAGACUCACAUCUAACAAAGGAUUCAUAGUUAGUAAAUGUUGAUGGCUAAUGUCUAAAGGAAAGAUUUUGCUGUUCUGACAUAAGAGAGUAAGAGAUUGACUAGAACUGUUGGGACUCUGUAGACAAGAGGCUCACAGUCUGGCCGGUGAAUUAGGUGAGAAGCGACCUUGGGUUCUACACAGCAAGCAGGACCUGGGCUAUGUCUUAGCACACAUCAGGCUUCACAGCAUUACCAACUGGGUCUCCUUGGGAAAUGUGAUGGUUGGAUUGGUUCUACAGAACAUCUAAAACAGACUGUACUGCAGAGGUUCAUGAAAGAGAACCCAACUUAUGUGUUUGUUUUCUGUUAACCUCUCUCUUGCUGCUGAUGGUCUAUCAGAAUGUGAACUAUGACUUAGUGUGACACCUUUACUUCCUAUAUAAGGAAAUCUCAAAGGAAUAAGGUCAUUCAUUCCCAGGGAUUUAAGUGUCUGAACUCCCAGGGUCUGUUCAUAGCACUGGUCUACAUGAUUGGCCUUUCCUUUAUGUCUGAUUUAUACUGUUGUGUGCAUUUGUAUUUGCUGUACAUGUAUCUGUAUGCAGGCAACAUAUUUUAUAGAUGCAUUGUGUGUUACCAUUGUUUUUAAGCCUUUACUAUUUAUUAGCCAAUAGGAUUUUUCCUGUUUUGUAUUUUUUGUUUGUUUCAGUGUACUGCUACCAUUCUCAUAUAGACAAAAUGUGCUUGAAUACAUAUGUGUGCAUUAAAAUUUUCAUUUUUAGUGUA